AUGGGAGAAGCUCAAAAGGGCUUACUCUCUGUCAUUGAGAAACUGAAAGGAACCACAGAGCAGGAGGUCAGGAUAGUGCUGCUGGGGUUGGACAAUGCUGGUAAGACCACUCUGCUAAAGAGUCUCGCCUCUGAGGAUGUGAACACCAUCACACCAACACAGGGCUUCAACAUCAAGAGUGUCGCCUCUCAUGGCAUGAAACUCAAUGUUUGGGACAUCGGAGGGCAGAGGAAGAUCAGGCCCUUCUGGAAAAAGUACCUGGAAAACACAGAUCUGCUGAUUUAUGUUAUCGACAGCGCAGACAAGAAGCGGUUUGAGGAGACGGGACUGGAGCUGUCCGAGCUAAUCGAUGAGGAGAAUCUCAAGGGAGUUCCUGUGCUCAUCUUUGCCAACAAGCAGGAUCUGGCCACAGCAUCACCAGCCAGCGAGAUCGCUGAGGGACUCAACCUGCAUACAUACCGAGACCGUGAGUGGCAGAUUCAGGCCUGCUCAGCUGUGUCUGGGGAGGGAGUUCAGGAUGGCAUGAACUGGAUUUGCAACAACAUUGUAAAUAAGAAGAAAUGAAACAGGACCCAAACAACAGCGACCAUAAAACCAACAUAUAUCCAGCAUUACGAAAGGAAUUAAAGAUAUAUUUCAGUCCAGUAAAUAUCAACACACACCACCUCAACGUUCCUUACAAAUUUGAAUGAUUAUUCUGUUUUUACAAUUCCUGUCAUUUUUAUGGAUAUUUUGUUAAUUCAAAUAACUUAGUUACCAUGUGGAAAAUAGCCACAGUGUGUGUUUUUGUCCCCAGUUUUCCCUGGGAUCUCUGUCUGGUGAAUUUGUGCGUUUUCUGUAACUUGGGGGAAACCAAACUGAGUGUGUAGUCAUGUAGUAACAUUCAGAUGUAUAGCUUCUCGUUCAGUAUGGGUGUAAAGUGUAUGUUUUGAGAUUUUUGACAUUAAAAUAGUCAAUUAUG